UGUUUGUGGUUUUAUAUUAGAAAAUUGAAUGUACGAAAAUGACUUUUAUUACCAUUUGUUCUAUUGCAUCGCGAACAACUUGUAUUCCCGGCAAAUCUUUUUAUAGUUUUUUGUUAGUUACACACUCAUCGUGUAUGUGCUCCGCAAAAUAGUCACGUUUUAAAAAAGACUAAGGGCUCUCUCUCGGUCUGAUCCCCAAAUAAAAUUAAUUUUUUUUUGUGUCAUUUUAAAUGGAGUUAUGUGCGCGACGAUUCGGUUCAUUUCAUUUAAAUAAAUGGAUUGAGUGAACUCAAGUGUUAAAACGUUAAACAAUUCUGUCUUUUAAACCCGGAACUUUAUAGUAAAAAGAAAAUCAGUUCAAACGUUAACGGUCAACAAUCAAAAGUGUCGGUGGAAAAAGUAAUAAAUUCUCUAUCAGUACAGUAGUCUGCAAUUGAUUUGAAAUUUGCACACAAAAAAUUGCAACGAAUUACUUAUGACCUGUAGACACGUAAUAAUCGACAUUAAUGCAACAUUAAACCGGGAAUAUAUGCUGAAUGAAUGCCUGCUUGUAUUAAAAGAAUAAUUUCCCAGACAGUGUCAGUCGCAAAACGAUUUAUCUGAUUUGAUUUCGGUUUAGAAAAGCAAUUAAAUGAAAACAUAAAGUUGAAAGUGUAACUUGAAACAUACAAUUUCGGUAUUAAAUAUGGAUUCAUGGGGUGGUGCAUUGACGAAUGCAUCUGUCAGAGAUGAUUCGAGUUAUCACAAAACGAUUAUGACAAUCGAAAAAUUGCCAGAUAAAGUUCUGCUCAACAUUUUCUCCUACCUAUCACAUUUGGAAAUAUGUCGAAUGGCAAGAGUUUGUCGCCGGUGGCGGACAGCUGCUUACGAUACACGGCUUUGGCGUAAUGUAUCGCUUCGACCCGAAGUAUCUGGCUUACAUGUGGGAUCAUUAGAAUCGCUGUUGGCAUUAAUAUCGGUUCGAUUUGGUCCGUCUCUGCGUUACAUAGAACUACCUAUUGAGCUCAUCACACACACCGUCUUACACGAGCUGUCCGCGAAGUGCCCCAAUUUAACGUAUAUGUUAUUGGACUUUUCGACAGCUAUGCAGCUGCACGAUUUUAGUGAAAUGCAAGCGUUUCCAACCAAACUCCGAUACAUGUGCAUUUGUUUGUCGGAAGUUAUUUUCAUGGAAGGUUUCAUGCGAAAAAUUUACAACUUUAUUAACGGCUUGGAGGUGUUGCAUCUAAUUGGCACCUAUGAAAAGGUCGAGGAGGAAGAGGAGGAAAUUUAUGAGGUCAUCAACGUACACAAAUUGAAAUCAGCAACGCCGAAUCUUCGGGUCAUCAAUCUUUAUGGAAUAAAUUUUAUUGAUGAUUCACACAUCGAUGCAUUUAGUUCGAAUUGCAUACAGUUGGAAUGCUUAGCAGUGAAUUUCUGCAAUAAAGUCACUGGAUCUACGCUAAAAAUGCUGAUUUCCCGAUCAAAGCGGCUAACUUGUCUUCUGAUGAACGGCACAAGCUUGAAGUCCGAAUACGUUCUAGAAGUAGAAUGGGACAAAUGUUCGUUGCAAGAACUGGAUAUAACAGCUACAGAUUUGUCAACUGAAUGUCUUAUCGAUCUAUUGACUCGAAUACCGAGUUUGAGAUUCCUAUCGGCUGGACAAAAUAACGGUUUCAAUGACAUGGUGCUAAAAUCAUGGAUGGAAAUGGGCAAUGCUCGCAAUUUAAUUGCUCUUGAUUUGGAUUCGUCGGACAAUUUGAGCGAUGAAGCACUGAAUAAGUUCUUGUCACGUCAUGGCCCUCAGCUGAAUGCAUGCGUACUAUCUGGUAUGCCUCAUAUCACCGAUCAGUUGUGGAUGGGAGUGUUACCAAUAUUAACAAACGCAAGGAUUAUUGUCAUGGGAACCAAUGAGAAGUUAAGUGUUAACAUUCAUGUGGAUCAGUUGAUGGAUGCAAUUGCUUCGAAUUGCGGAAAUCUGGAGAGAUUAGAGCUCAGAUGGGAUCCCGAGAAUCUACGUUUCUCCGAUAAGAGUCAAAAGGCAAUCGAUUUACUUCGCGUUAAGUGCCUUAAAUUGCGGUGCAUGGUAUUAAGUGACGGAAGAUACUACGAAACGGUGAAGGCAAACUUUGAACGAGCUGAUCGCACAACGGUUGUAAGGACAACUACUUGCUGCCGUGUAUCAGCGUAUCAUUUACUUAAAAAUUACAACGAUUUGGUAUUCAACUAGGUCACAAUUUUAAUAGUAAAUUUAAUUUGUUUCUCUUUUAUAAAUCUUAAAAUCAAAAUGUUGUUUUUGUGCACAGAUAAAAUCGUUUCUUUUAAUGAAUAAUUUACAG